CUUUCCUUCUCAUCUGUCGAUCCAACACAGAGAGGCAACAUUUUUAGCAAUAGACAUGGCUUUCCACCAAAGAUCAACUAGUUUACCUUCUAGACCUCUCUCCAGAGUUGAAGAGGAGCUGCACAGCAUUGAGGCAUGGAUCUCUUCACCCUCCCUGACCAUCGAGAUGAUCUCUCAUGGUUUGAGGAGCCUUGUGGACAUCUACAGCACUAUUGAGAAGAUCAUGUGCCUACCUAGCAACCAAGUUUGCUCAUCACAGCAAAGGAAGUUGUUGGAUAGAGAGAUGGAAUGCUCCCUUGAGCUACUGGAUCUCUGCAAUGGUAUGAAUGAGGUCUUCACCGAGUUGAAGGCCAUCAUCCAAGAUCUGCAAGUGUCUCUCAGAAAAGGAGAUAAUGCAGCUGUUCAAACCAAGAUCCAGUCAUACAUCCGACUGGUGAAGAAGGCGAAAAAGCAUUCCAAGAAGACUGUCAAGAAGGUUGUGUCAGACAAGGAGGAGUGCAAGAUAGUGAAGCUGUUGAGCGAGGCUAGAGAGAUCACAACCUCUCUAUUCGAGUCAACAAUUCACCUCUUGUCGAAGCAAAUUGCGAUGCCAAAAUUGUCUCUCAUCUCCAAGGCAUUCCAGAAGAAAAACUCAGUUAUCUGCAAUGAGGAGCAAUUGCAGGUGUUAGAGUGCUGCAUCAGAGAUCUUGAGGCUGGAGCUGCGCUUCUGUUCAGGAGAUUGGUCCAGAGCAGGGUUACUCUCCUGAACAAUCUUAGCUCAUAGAUACUCCUCAAGAUCUGACACACUUAAGAGUUUGUGAUUGGCAUCCACCUUUUAAAGGAUUUGCUGAUCCUUUCCAAUUGUAUAUGUUAUACAAUUACUGUACAGAAAAAAAAUAUGCAUGAAAGAGAACAGUUUUGAUCUAA